AUGCCAUGCUUGUACGGCGCAAUUUAUCUACAGAAAAACACCAGAGUUUCAAUGGAUGUCGAGUCCGCUUGGGAUGCUGGGUAUACAGGCAAAGGAGUCCUUGUGGCUGUUGUGGACGACGGAGUUAACAUGAAUCAUCCCGACCUAAGAUCUAACUUCAGAGAAAGUGUCAGCUAUGACUUCAUGACGGACCGCCCUGUAAAUAAUCAUUACAGUCCCGGCAGUCAUGGAACAAACUGUGCUGGAAUCAUUGCUGGUGGAAACAAUGCAAAUUGUGGCGUGGGAAUCGCCCACGAUGCAGAAAUUGCAAGUCUUCGAAUUUUUAAUGACCGCACAAAGUCAACGGAUUCAUCAGAGGCGAGGGCCUUGAGCUACAAAAGUCAAUUGGUUGACAUAUACUCCAACAGCUGGGGGCCUGGGGACAUUGGCUGGGAAGUAGAGGGUCCUGGCCCUCGCUUGACAAAAGUUUUAGAGGAUGGAACCAAAAAGGGUCGCGGCGGCAAAGGGUCCAUAUUUGUCUUCGCUGCAGGAAAUGGAGGCCGAUCAGGUGACAGCUGUGCUUUCAACGGUUACGUAAACAACAUUCACACAAUUGCCAUCUCUGGGGUGAACUGGGACGGAGCGGUACCAGGUUACACUGAGAAGUGCGCAGCCAUCAUGGCCGUCACUUAUGGAAAGGACACGUUUUCUUACAGAACAGAUAGAGGCAUCAAACCCCCAUUGAUUACAACAGAGGGAGCGAACGGUUGCACGGAGAGUUUUACAGGCACUUCCGGUACCACCGCGAUUGCUUCUGGGAUCAUUGCUUUGGCUUUAGAAGCAAAUCAGCAUCUCACGUGGCGGGAUAUUCAGCAUUUGAUAGUCAGAAGUUCACAGCCUCUAGAUCCGCCCCCAGUGGGUCGCUAUGCAUUACGCUGGCGUCCCAGACCUACUUGGCAAAUCAACGGGGCUAAUGUCUCAGUCAGCAAAUAUUUUGGGUUUGGAUUGAUGAAUGCCGAAUUGAUGACUAGAUAUGCAAAGUCUUGGGCUUCUGUUCCGGUGCAUCUGUCUUGUGAAAUUAAAUACACAAUCAAUGGGUCUGCACCACCUUUGAUUCCUUCGACUGGAUAUUUAAAUCUAACCUUCACCGCAGAAAAACAAAAUUGUGGCAUCCGAUUCCUUGAGCACGUUCAAGUAAACAUGAAUCUCACUUUCCCUGGCCGAGGUCACUUGGAGAUGACUUCAAAAUCACCGAGUGGAACAAAGUCUCAACUCCUUUAUCCACGAUUUUUUGACAGUUUUAGCAGUAGAAAGAACUUGACAAAUUGGAAUGUCACUAGUUUACAUUACUGGGGAGAGAAUCCUACCGGAGACUGGAAUAUAACGAUACGAAGUACAAAAAAGAGUGGGACCAGAGGAAAAGGUAAUACCAGAUUGAUUUUUAUCAACAAUGUAAAUUGA